AUGGCUACUGGGAUUAAACCCAAUUCGGCGACAAUGGUGUGUGUCAUUUCUGCUUGCGCAAAGUUGAAGGAUGCGGCUUUGAGUGAGAGGGUAUUCGGCCAAAAUCGGGUACAUGCUGAUCUGUUUGAAUUUGAGAUGACUGCAAAUAAACUAGAAGUAAAGGUUGCAGGGCCUUAUGGGCUGCCUUUAACUCCAGCAAGGCGUGCACUUUUCAUUGUGUACCGGACGGCUCUUCCUUAUGUUGGAGAAAGAAUUAGUUCUCGAUCUGCUAACCUUGGCAUUCUCCUUGCUGAUUCCCAGUCUGAUGAGGUUUACAGCUUCAGUGCUCAGUCUUCUUCAAUCACUCGCGCCGCAUCUUCCUCCACGCCGCCGGCUUCUGUUUCAGCUCUCAAAAGAUUGAAGCAGAGAUUGAAUGAAUUGUGGCUUUCUGCAGUUCGGAAAUGGCCUACACUCGAAUUUCUGCAGUUGGUCAUAUGUGCCAACCUGAUGUUCUUUUACUUUGAAGGUCUCUACUAUCAUAUAUCGAAACAUGCUGCAGGCAUUCAUUAUGUGUUCAUUGGAAAACCAUCUAACCAAGUUUAUCAGUAA